AUGGCUGACCCGGCUGCGGGGCCGCCGCCAAGCGAGGGCGAGGAGAGCACCGUGCGCUUCGCCCGCAAAGGCGCCCUCCGGCAGAAGAACGUGCACGAGGUGAAGAACCACAAAUUCACCGCCCGCUUCUUCAAGCAGCCCACCUUCUGCAGCCACUGCACCGACUUCAUCUGGGGCUUCGGGAAGCAGGGAUUCCAGUGUCAAGUCUGCUGCUUUGUUGUGCACAAGCGCUGCCAUGAAUUCGUCACCUUCUCCUGCCCCGGUGCGGACAAGGGCCCAGCCUCUGACGACCCCCGGAGCAAACACAAGUUUAAGAUCCACACCUACUCUAGCCCUACCUUUUGUGACCACUGUGGAUCGCUGCUGUAUGGACUCAUCCACCAGGGCAUGAAAUGUGACACCUGUAUGAUGAACGUCCACAAGCGCUGCGUGAUGAAUGUCCCCAGCCUCUGUGGCACCGACCACACAGAACGCCGUGGCCGCAUCUACAUCCAGGCUCACAUUGACAGAGAGGUCCUCAUCGUUGUCGUAAGAGAUGCUAAAAAUCUUGUACCUAUGGAUCCCAAUGGCUUGUCAGAUCCCUACGUCAAACUGAAACUGAUUCCUGAUCCCAAAAGUGAGAGCAAGCAGAAGACCAGGACCAUCAAGUGCUCUCUCAACCCCGAGUGGAAUGAGACCUUCAGAUUUCAGCUGAAGGAAUCAGACAAAGACAGAAGACUGUCUGUAGAGAUCUGGGAUUGGGACCUGACCAGCAGGAAUGACUUCAUGGGGUCUCUGUCAUUUGGGAUUUCGGAACUGCAGAAGGCCGGCGUGGAUGGCUGGUUCAAGUUACUGAGCCAGGAAGAGGGCGAGUACUUCAAUGUGCCUGUGCCGCCAGAAGGAAGUGAGGGCAAUGAAGAGCUGCGGCAGAAGUUUGAGAGAGCCAAGAUCGGCCAGGGUACCAAAACUCCAGAAGAAAAGACAGCCAACACCAUCUCCAAAUUUGACAACAAUGGCAACAGGGACCGGAUGAAACUGACCGAUUUUAACUUCCUGAUGGUUCUGGGGAAAGGCAGCUUUGGCAAGGUCAUGCUCUCAGAGCGGAAGGGCACAGAUGAGCUCUAUGCUGUGAAGAUCCUGAAGAAAGACGUAGUGAUCCAGGAUGACGAUGUGGAAUGCACAAUGGUGGAGAAGCGGGUGCUGGCCCUGCCUGGGAAGCCGCCAUUCCUGACUCAGCUCCAUUCCUGCUUCCAGACCAUGGACCGUCUGUACUUUGUGAUGGAGUAUGUGAACGGGGGUGACCUCAUGUACCACAUCCAACAAGUUGGCCGGUUCAAGGAGCCCCAUGCUGUAUUUUAUGCUGCAGAGAUUGCCAUUGGUCUGUUCUUCUUGCAAAGCAAGGGCAUCAUUUACCGUGACCUAAAACUUGACAACGUGAUGCUGGAUUCUGAGGGGCACAUCAAGAUCGCUGACUUUGGCAUGUGCAAGGAGAACAUCUGGGAUGGGGUGACAACCAAGACCUUCUGCGGCACUCCAGACUACAUCGCCCCAGAGAUCAUCGCUUAUCAGCCCUAUGGAAAGUCUGUGGACUGGUGGGCCUUUGGAGUCCUGCUGUAUGAAAUGUUGGCUGGCCAGGCACCUUUUGAAGGGGAGGAUGAGGAUGAACUUUUCCAGUCCAUCAUGGAGCACAAUGUGGCAUAUCCCAAGUCCAUGUCCAAGGAAGCUGUGGCCAUCUGCAAAGGGCUAAUGACCAAACACCCAGGCAAGCGUCUGGGUUGUGGGCCUGAAGGGGAACGAGACAUUAAAGAACAUGCAUUUUUCCGGUAUAUUGACUGGGAGAAACUCGAACGCAAGGAGAUUCAGCCACCAUAUAAACCCAAAGCUAGAGACAAGCGAGACACCUCCAACUUCGACAAAGAGUUCACCAGGCAGCCUGUGGAACUGACUCCCACUGACAAACUCUUCAUCAUGAACUUGGACCAAAAUGAGUUUGCUGGCUUCUCAUAUACUAACCCAGAGUUUGUCAUUAAUGUGUAGGUGAAUGCAGAUUCCAUUGCUGAGCCUGGGUGUAAGACUUCAGGCUGAGUGUCUGUUACCAAUUCCAGUCUUCCAGGAUCAUGAUGCCUCUGCUGGCAUUCAUCAUGUGGAGAGCUUGUCUUAGAGGGCUUUUCUUUGUAUGUAUAGCUUGCUAGUUUGUUUUCUACAUUUGAAACUGUUUAGUUUAGAAUAAGCGCAUUACCCACUGAUAGAGGUACAAUUUUCCAGACUUCCAGAAACUCGUCCACUGAACCAACAGUGUCAAAACUUAACUGUGUCCAACACCAAAACGCUUCGGUAUUUGUAAUUUUUCAAGUCAGACGCUGAUGUUCCUGGUCAAAGUUUUUACAGUUACUCUCUAUUAUCUCCUUUGAAUGCUACCUAAGCAUGACCGGUAUUUUUAAAAGUUGUGAGUAAGCUUUGCAGUUACUGUGAACUCUUGUCUCUUGGAGGAAACUUUUUGUUUAAGAAUUGGUAUGAUUAAACUGAAUUCAUACAUGCAAA